AUGCGCACUAUACUUCGCUUCCAGAUUGUCUGUCUGGAAGUGGGGGUACCAGCGAGCCAGAUACGAGUUAUUGCGACGGAAGCUACGCGGAAGGCGAUUAACUCGGAGGAGUUUGUGAAGGCCAUCCAGGACAGGACCCACGUCAGCGUGCGAAUGCUGCCAAAGGAUGAGGAGGGUGUCGUGGGUGCGUGGGGGAUUGCGAGCGGCUAUUCGGACAUCGAGGGACUGGCGAUUGACCUCGGGGGUGGAAGUAUGCAGAUGACUUGGAUUGUUUCGCAUGGUGGAAACGUGCAUAUCAGCCCCAAGGGAUCUAUCAGUUUUCCGUAUGGUGCGGCGGCUCUGACGCAGAAAUUGGAAGCUCUGACGAAGGGUAAAGACGAGGAUGAGGCAUGCAAGGCCAAGGCGCAAUUCCGUGAGGAGAUGACUAGUCAGUUUCGUCGCGCGUGGGAGGAUUUAGAGAUCCCCGAGGAACUCGUCAAUAAGGCGAAGAAAGACGGAGGCUUUCAGCUUUACCUCUCUGGAGGAGGAUUCCGGGGGUGGGGAUAUCUUCUUCUCUAUCUUCAUCAGGUCCGAGGCGAGUAUUACCCGAUUUCAAUCAUCAAUGGAUAUUCGGCGGGCAAGAAAGACUUCGAGAACACAGAGGCACUGAAGAAGGUUGCUAAGACUGCCAACGAUAUCUUCCGUGUCUCUGAUCGACGCCGAAAGCAAGUCCCCUCGGUCGCAUUUCUCGUGAACGUGCUCGCGAAGGCUAUUCCCCACGGCAUUAAAGAGGCUCAUUUCUGCCAGGGAGGCGUUCGAGAAGGUGCUCUGUAUCGCCAGAUCCUACCUGUUAUCCGUCAACAGGACCCAUUGCAAGUUGCAACCACGGGUUUCGCCCGCAGGUCCGCCCAGGCGAUGACUUUUAUGGCCUUCUCGUCCAUUCCUCGUCCAACAAAGGAGAGGUCUUUCCCCCAUUCUAUCAGUCCACAUGUCAUUCAGGCCUUUGCCAAUAUCCUUUAUGCGCAUUCUACGAUGUCUAAAGAAACAGCGGCCACAGCGGCCCUAUACAGCACCAGCACCGGCGUCCUGGCAGAAGCGCAUGGGAUACCACAUGCCGAUCGCGCUCGCCUGGCGUUGAUGCUGCAGGAGAGGUACGGUGGCGAAUUGCCACCUCGCGAGAUGGACUUUAAGAAAAGCCUACGCUCGCUGCUGACACCGGAGGAAAUCUGGUGGACGCGGUAUCUAGGGAAGCUUGGUCUCAUCAUCAGCCGUGUGUACCCCACAGGGGUCAUUGACCCGUCCAGACCGCGCGCUCUACCAAAAGCCCUCUGGGCAAACGAUUUGGGAAAGAAGAAGAAUAAGGAAGGCAUUGAGUUAAGGGUCUCGCUGCAGAAGGUAGGGUUUGAUCCCACCAGGUUGAAGCAAGAGUUAGAGGCAGACUUGAAGAAACUGCGGAAGGUUGGGAAAAGAAAGCACUGGAUUGGGGGUAGGGACGGAUGGGGGAUGAAAGUCGAAGUGGUUCUGCUGGAGGAGGACCUGUUCUAG